UGCUGUGUACUCUCCAGUACCAUCUCUGCAGACACAGGAGGGGAGGACCUUCUCGAAAACGAAGAUAUUGUCAUUUUUUUUGACUGACUGGCUUUUGUAUUGACACUAAUGAUGUUUCGUUUGCGGGCAUUGUCCGCAGUUUCAGUGGGGCUAACACAGUGGUCCCGACGCUACCACAGUGGGGCAGUGAGAGGGUCUGGUCAGAGGAGGCUGAUGCUUGUAGCUCUGGCUGGAGUAACUGGCGUGUCUGCCAGUGCUGGGCUGCUGUGGAAAAGAGCAUAUGCAGACGCUGGGUCCUCUGUUCGACACUCUGGUCAACCAGGAGAAGAGGAAACUGAUUUCAUGAAGGGUACAGUCUCAGACUCUGAGUCAGAGAAAUCAGUGGAGACCAGCAGUGGAGAUGAAGAAGGGGAGGGGAAAAAAAAGAAGCCCCGCUCCGGAUUCCGUGACCGCAAGGUGAUGGAGUAUGAGAACAGAAUAAGGGCCUACUCCACUCCAGACAAGAUUUUCCGUUACUUUGCCACACUGAAGGUCAUCGGCGAGCAUGGAGAUGCUGAGGUUUACAUGACGCCCCAGGACUUCAUACGCUCCAUCACACCUAACGAGAAGCAGCCCGAGAAUCUAGGCCUCGAUCAGUUUGUUGUGAAGCGCUAUGAUGGGAAGGCUCUGCUAAAGACAGCAGACGCCGUGCUGUUAUCUAACAGUUUUUCUCCUCCUUCCUCCUCCUCUGAAAUGGACUCCUUGCAGACGGAGAAAAUCGCCCAGGAGAGGGAGAAGUUUGCAGAUGAGGACAGCAUUUUUUUCUCACUGGGAGAAUGUGGCCUUAUCUCCUUCUCUGACUAUAUCUUUCUCACCACUGUGCUGUCCACUCCCCAGAGGAACUUUGAAAUUGCUUUCAAGAUGUUUGAUCUCAAUGGUGACGGGGAGGUGGACCUGGAGGAGUUUGAACAGGUCCAGAGCAUCAUACGCUCCCAGACCAGCAUGGGCAUGCGACAUCGCGACCGCUCCACCACAGGGAACACCCUGAAGACAGCCGGCUGCAGCUCUGCUCUCACCACUUACUUCUUUGGAGAAGACCUGAAGGGGAAACUCACCAUUGGUAGCUUCCUGGAGUUUCAGAGGAAAUUGCAGCAUGAUGUGCUUAAACUAGAGUUUGAUAGGAAUGAUCCGAUGGACGGCAGAAUCACUGAGAGACAGUUUGGCGGCAUGUUGCUGGCCUACAGCGGAGUCCAAUCUCGGAAACUCAAGCAGAUGCAGAAGGGUUUGAAGAAGAUGUUUAAGGAUGCACAGGGCAUCACAUUUGAGGAGGUGGAGAAUUUCUUUACUUUCCUAAAGAACGUGAAUGAUGUGGACACAGCGUUGAGUUUCUACCACAUGGCUGGAGCCUCCAUAGAUAAAGUUACCAUGAAGCAGGUGGCCCGCACUGUUGCUAAGGUAGAGCUGUCGGAUCAUGUGUGCGAUGUGGUGUUUGCUCUCUUUGACUGUGAUGGGAAUGGAGAGCUUAGUAAUAAGGAGUUCAUAGCCAUUAUGAAGCAACGGCUGAUGCGGGGACUGGAGAAACCCAAGGACAUGGGCUUCACUCGGUUGGUGCGAGCCAUGGUGAAGUGUGCCCAGGACACUGCCUGGGACUUCGCCACACCCAAAACAUAGUAGGCAAUGUGUGAGCAAAAGAGACGGACAGCAUGUGGGGAAAAAAAACAACAACAACAACAACACGUCAAGCAUUAAAGGCAUCCUGCUUCCACAGGUCUUGAGAAUUUAAAUACACAAUUAAUGCCAUGAACUCAUUAGGACAACGGCUCGGAGGGGCAUCAUCAAUCAUUAACGCAUGUUAAUGUAGUUCAAGCUUUCAAUACAGUGACUGAAGCAUGCUGACACAGCGCUUUGUGUCCGAGAGGGCCUCUCUAAUAUGCCUGUCUAAGAAAGCAUUGUGGGUAUUUGUAUAUAUUUAAGCAUACCAUCAAACGUCGUAGAAAAUAUGUAUAUUUUUGCCAUAUUCUUUAGAGGAAUGCAGUGUCUGUGGAUUAACUGUUUUUCACUAAAAGCAUUACUCCAAUAUCUGUAUUGAACACAUUUCACUGCAAAAGGGAAGACGAGUGGUGGAAUCAAUCUAAUGUGACCUUCAGCAGUUCAAAUGCUGCUGAAUGGCUGUUCUGCGCUGACAUCAGACUUAAAUGUUUCUUUGGAUGGACAGACCAAAAGUCUAUAAUCUUGUCAGCACCUCUUCAAUCAGUCUGUUAGCUCCCGCGGCCACUUUACUCGCGACAUUUUGCCCCGAAACGAUCAAGACGCUUGACUUGCUUUAAAAUGUACUGUUCACUGUGUAUUCUUCAGAUUAACACUUUAUAUAUAUAUAUAUAUAUACGCUGGUGUGUGAUGAAAGAAAUGCUUUAUUAAAGAUGUUUUAAAAAAAUA